AUGGAAUCAUUAACAUUUUGGGAAAUUGCCUUUAAAAGUGAAGGAGAUUAUAAAAAUUACGAUGAACUUGUUCAAGCAGCUUUAGCUGAUGAUUUUUAUCAAAAGAUUUAUCCAAGUGUAGCAUCUGAAAUAUUAUUAGAUAAUUUACUCGAUUUCGUACAAGAUAUCAAUAACAGACCAAAAGAAAGUGGAGUGGAUCAUGGUACUUUAUAUAAAAAGCCUAAUGGUCGACAAAUUGACUCGUCACGUCGUUAUUAUCUUGUCAGAGAACCAGAUUCUACUGAAUUUAAUUUAUAUGUAAGAAUAACAAAAGGAAGAAAUUUAGGCAAAAAUAAAGAUGAAGUUGAACUGUUGAUUCAAUACGGACUCAAUUAUUUGAAAUGUCAAGCAAAAUUACCUAUAGUUGUAGAUUAUCUGAACUUUGCACAAGACUCUGAAUAUUUCAUUGCUCGAGAAAGAUGCGAAUUUAUAUCUCGAUUAUUACAUAGUAAUAUAACAGCAACAAGAAAUGUUGUAAAAUUUGAUUAUGAUGUUAAAAAGUUAGGAAGACGAAAAGGUCAAAAAGAGAUUUUAUCAUCAGAUAAAACAGCAUCGUCAUCACCACUUAUUAAUAAGAAAAAUUCUCGUUCACAAUCACCCUCUUCUGAACGUUCACAAUC